AUGUCGUUGUCUGCUUUGUUGUCUGCGGCUUUCCUGCCGCUUGUAUGUGGAUUCUACGUUCCAGGCUUUUCACCGAAUGAAUAUAAAAUAGUUGACGACGUACCGGUCAGGGUUAGUGUUUGUUUUUCAGUUAAUCCCGUUGCUCAGGCGGUCAAGCUUGCCAGUCCGAAGACCCAACUGCCGUAUGAUUAUUACCAUUUGCAUUAUUGCAAACCGGAAAACGGGGACUUCGAAUACGAUUCCGUUAAUUUCGGUAUUCUAUUUUACUCUUUUCGAAUAUCUUCAGGGGAAAUCAUUCAUGGCGAUCGAAUUGUUACAACUGCUUAUAAACUCCAAAUGAAGACCGAUGUUUCUUGUCGGCUCGCAUGUCAGCCAGAAAAUCUUUUAUCGUCAGAAGUCGAUCAGUUUAUCUAUCUUAUAAGCAACAAAUAUUCUGUGCACAUGUAGGCUGUUAUUUUUCUAUUUAUAAAUUAAUUUAGGACUGUGGACGACCUACCCAUUUCCCGCGAAAAAAUAUCAACUGGUGAUGCUGUGUAUGAAUUGGGCUACCGAAUCGGUGAUAUAGACGAAAACGCAGCAAGGCUUAAUAAUCAUUUGAAAUUUCGUGUUAAAUACCACAGAGUCAAGUUAGCUCCCCAUUUCUUAAUUGACUUUAAAUAGUGAUAAAUAUCGUGUUGUGGGUGUUACUGUUUUGCCUUUGAGCCUCGACAGUGACUCAGUCAUUCGACAGCCAGACGGAACGUGUCAAAUAAAAAGCUCUGGGAUAAAUCCCCAAAUUUUGAAGUUAGGAGAACCAGCAAAAGUGGCCUUCUCUUACGAAGUUAUUUGGGAAGAGUCUGACAUCGAAUGGACAUCCAGAUGGGACAUAUAUUUAAGCACGGGUGAUGGACAAAUCCAUUGGUUUUCAAUAAUCAAUUCCCUCAUUAUAAUAAUAUUCCUCACAGGUACAUUUUCAAAGUGUGUUAAACCCACGUCUUUAGGUGUGAUGGCCGCUAUUCUUCUUCGAACCUUACGGAGAGAUAUUUCGCUUUACAACCGCGAGGAAGAUUCCGUAUAUUUCUCAUUCUUAAUCUUUUGUUGCGCAUUUGUUAACGAGUUUAUAGACUUCAACUUAACUCUUCGUCGGCAUUGAUCUUAAUUUCUUCCUAUAGGAAAAGAAAUGUUUAUCCAGUUUCCUUAUAUACCCUUACACUAGCAGAGACUUUGUCACUCGCGUACAGCCGCUUAAUCUAGGAGUUAUCAUCAGAUGCCUUUUAAGCACAAACAAAUUUUAGCUGGUCGGCCUCUGGGUUCCCUGUGUUUUUUCACAUUGAUUGUUAGGAUUUGUGAAAAUUUAAUGGAACAGUUUCCAAAACAGUCUUCGUCUACCUUGUUUUAAUUCCCUCGCAUACUUACUUGCACUUGGUACACCUGUGAUCCUGCGUGAUCUAACCGCCCUCGUUGAUGUCGCGUAUUAUAUCUCUCCGCGCAUGAGGAUUUGCGGUGGCGGGUCUGGACAGCUCGACCCAUCAUCUUCAGUGACGGAGGCGAACGCCGAAGGUUCAAUAGCCACUUCCGUGCUUUGGACUGUGUUGAGCCAUGUUUUGAGUUUACUUCCUCAUCGACGCCUCCAGGUGGGCAUCGGCGCCGGAUAGGGAAGAGCAAGACUGAACUUGUGAGAUGGACAAAGGACGUAUUCAAACCACUUCAGUCGUCUUUAUUUGAUGACCAGAGAUAUCUUUACGAUGUGCCAGCGAGUUUAGACUGUCUCAUUUGAGACGAAUUCGGUGCACUUCACUCAAAGCUUGGUCCUCAGAUAGUGGCAAACAAAUUCCUUUACGUUUCGCUAAUCUUCCACGCGCACAGUCCAUCAUUCAAAUCCCUGAAGUAUGACUGGACGGAUGCGCGGUACGCGCGGACCGUUUUGUCGAUGGAGACAUUGCGUAGGGUUCGUAGAUGGUUUCAAAGGAUUUUGAAGACUGCAAACAGCAUUGAUUCAUAAGACAAUGUCAUCUAUACGUUGUUUAUUCCGCAGCGGUCUCGAUCCGAGGUAUUUGAAACUCUACUUCAAGUUGACAGCCACUAAUCCUGAGGGGUGUAUUCGCCUGCUCAGGGAUGCGUUCAUGGGUAAACCGAUGUAAUUUGCGACUUCAUCCACCCAUGAUACUCCAGACUGUAGAUCACCAAAACUUGAGGCCAACGAGGCGAUAUCAUCAGCGUAGUCCGGAUCGGUCAGUCGGCGUCCGGGUGCAAACUCAGCACCGUCAAAACCAUGUAGGGCUCCUCCGAAAAUCCAGUCACUGGCGUAGUUGAACGGAAUUGACGACACAAUACAACCUUUUCGAGCUCGACAUUGGACCUUGAACGGUUGGCGGGUUGUUUUAGGCCAAAACUCGCGCAGUGGGGGAGCAUUAGUAGGUCAUGAUCACGGCGAUUAUCUUAGCCUGCGUAACAAUUACUUCCAUCAUCUGUGACAGCGGCUCACGAUUAGCCGAACCGAACGCUGCGGCGAAGUCAACAAAGCAGACGGCUGUCGGUUGAUGAUAGCCAUGACGAAAUUUAGGAAUGCAUCUCAGUAUGAAUAUAUAGUUCGCAACUCCACAUCCAGCUUGAAAUCCGGCUUUAUUGGACCUCCUAGAAUCACACACAGCCUAAAAUCGCAUGUGAAGUUCAACAUCAAAGACCUUCGCAGUAACCUCGAUAAGGCCCAUACCGCAGUAUUUCACACAUUGUCAUAUCUCCUUCCUUGAAAACAGAAAAGGCGCUCAAACCUCCGUCAUCAGAAAAGACCUCAUCUCCCCAUGCUUGAUCUAUCACCUCAUGGACCAUCAUAGCUUAUUUUCUCUUGCAUCUUCAAUUUGAAUUCAAGCAGUUCGACUAUUAAAUUUCCGACUUCACUCUGUAUGCUUCAGAUGGAUUGAAAAGGCGGAGCCGAAUUCUCAGAAAACUUUUUUCGUGACCUUGUUAAACUCGACUGUCUUUGUAGCUUUAUUCCGAUUAGGGAACGUUUGGCUGUGAACUUUUGAUUAAUAUGCACUGUUAGUGAGCCAGGAGAGACUUGGAUUUAUGUGGUCUGUCGAAUUACUGAGAUGUUAUAAAUUCAUUCAAAAAUUAUAUGCGGUCUACUUUUGUCUCCUAAAAUACGAGUGUUUGAGUAUUAGAAGGGUUCCUUUGUGACUUUACAUGAACGAUUUGCCGCAUUCCAGCUUUAUUGUUUUCGUCCUUUCCUCCGUGUUUAAGGAAGAAAUUAUUGAAGAAUCCGGGUGGAAACUUGUACACGGUGACGUUUUUCGACCGCCGAGACGAAGUGCUCUACUUGCUGCAUUCAUUGGAUCAGGCGUUCAGCUGCUCUGCAUGGCAUUUAUUGUAUUGUGUAAGCACCAAUCUUCUAUUCCUACGCCGAAUUUUCUUUGACUUUAAAAUGUUUCUCUUUCAGUGCGGCUAAUCCACUUCACAUCGAGUAGGUCUUCAUGACUCACUUUUUUGCACAUAGACAAUCAUUCUUACCCUUUUCCAGUGGCCUGGACUUACCGUUCACCAUAAUCGUCACAACGCUUCGAUGUGGUCGACUGAUAAGCUAAAUUUCAUGGCUUCGUGCCAUAUUUAUGACCGUAUUUUUCGCUUCGCAAGUCAAAGUUCUUGGUCAGGGCACAGCCUGUGAUGCUAUUUUACAUUAGUAUAUGUAGUCCUUCAAAAUUCUUAUUUAAACCAUCGCUUUGGGAGAAGUGCUCACUUUAGAGACCUAACCGGAGUAUCGCGCUUUUAAAACUGACUUAUAAAGCCUCCGUCACAGCCUAUAAAGCAUUCUGUUACUUGUUCUCAGUGUUAGAUCGUGUCGCAAAGCGAGACCGGACUUCUAUGCUCAGGGCCUUGAGUUUGCUGAAUUGUCAAAGUUUCGCGACAUCAAGGCGCCUCGCACAUUACAGUUUUAGUGCAGUUGGGAGGCGAAUUUUCAGGUGUGAGGACGAUAAUGGUCCUAUCCGUAGGCCCUAGGAGCCCCGACCCCACGCAUGAAUCUGUUAUUAGUGAACCCGGCUGCGAAAUUUUGAGCCGAUUAGAAUGUAGUUUAUUUAACCGACCAUACGACCGUCGUUUGAAUACCAAGUCUGAAGAUGCUUGUGGCAAUGCUGGAAACACCUGUUGGUGACAAACAAUAGGUUCCGAUCAGAAAGGUUUGGAACUUUCAUCGUUGCCACACAUAAAGGCCGGACCCAGAGCGGCCAAUAAGGUGACCGUUUGAAGGGUCACUGGGUCCAGUCCGACCAUCCCGGUCCCCGGAAAGAAUCAGCAGAUCACCGCCAUGUUUUCUCUCAACUUACCCUUACAACAGCCAGCAGGUUUCUUUGUCGAACUGGUCGACAUCUGAUAUUUGUACGUACAUGUAGACGGCAGUGUUCGUGAUGUAAACCUUCAGUUGUACAUAAGCUCUAUGGCUGCUGGUCCCCACUCAAGCAGUGUCUAGAUGGCUUUCACUAUAAGCGCGACCGCCACGCCGUCUUUGGGGGAAAAGUUACGUGAACUGCUGUGUUACAGGGAGUUGACUCCCGAGCUCAUCACUUUCCGAACCCAUGGGCUGGAGGAAUCAGACUUCACACAGGCCAAAUACACCCAUGUUGUACUGAUAAAGACUGCGGGCUAUCAGACUUUGAGUAGCAGGUUCUAGGAACGUUAGCAUAUUCCAGCAUAUAAUACCGCAGUUCUAUUUUAGUUUGCGUAGCUCAUAUCGGAUACUGCCCACGCGCGCUUGGGCCCCCAUGGUCGUCGUGUAUGGAUCGUAGUACUCUAAUCGGACAUUUUCAUGAGGUUUCUUGGAAACUUUGAGUGCAGCGGGUUCCCAACAGGCGCCCGGAUUGUUUGCUCGAGGUUGUCUCCGCUAGCGCUCUGACUUACGAACCUGCCCGCAAGGCAGCGAUGGCAAGCAAACUUAUUUAACGGCUAUUCACGGUGUUCAUCGCAGUGCCGUCAUCGGGCCUUGCGGCAUUUGAUGCGGCAGUCAGCGUGCCAGAUCCUUACUCACCGCGCCCUGGUAGCAUUAUCACUGCGGGUCUGCCGCUGUUUAUCCGCGCGUCUCGAUAGUUUCGCAACUAAUUCUUGCUGAAGACUGUUUGACCAUCCACCACCUGUGUACGCGCCAGCUAGCUAGGAGGUAAGCUAACAGGGAACCCGUCCUGCUUAGUUUUCCUGUGUGGUCGUGAAUAUUGUAUUGGACGACUAGAAAAAGAGCAUAAGCCGAAGGUCUUGAUUACCUUCACUUGAAACCAACUCUUAGAGUGGUGUACACAUGCAUCGUUUCGACUGAAAGCGCUCGCUUUCGCUACAACAGCCACGCUAGCAUACUCCGGGGAAUUCAUGAACAACGUCAAGGACAGUCAUGCUAUUAGUCUCGAGUCCCGUGCGUUUAAUUCUACUGCCCAAAAUCCAGCGCUGCCGCUUAUUUUGAGGCGCUGUAACGGCCUCAACCCAUAACGUUGUUUGACACAGUCAAGAUAUUGAGGUGGUUCCUGAACUCGCGCUAUUCGGUCUCUAUCAUCGGAGAAGAAAGUGGAUCGAGCUCACUCAGUCUGUUACCGCACAUCUUUGCUCAUGGAGAAACACCAUCCGCAUCAUAUACGGGGGGGGGGGGGGCGGCCUGAUCACAGCCGAGUCAACUACAAAUCAGUGUGUGCUUAUUUUGUAACCUGUACGCAACUGGUUGUAGUACUCAGCUGGCCUGAGGUGACGUUGCCGCUUUCCGAACCACUGAAACGAUACUAACGUAAGGUGCUUUCUUUGCACGCCUAUUCAAACCUUCCGUCCUCAUUCUAAGUUGGACACAUUAAUGCCAGAGAUAGGCAAAAAGCCCCACUGUCUUUUUCAUUCUAGCCACUGACAUAUUUUCUUCGGCUGACGAUGCUCCCCGUCGGAGCACGAGGAGAGUUCCACAAGAACUCCUAAGCGGGUCUUGGCUUUAAAAGCUUCACAAUUAGUAAUGACAGUAGAUCACGUAAUAUAUUAUAUGCGAAGAAAUGUGCGUAAUUGCAUGGAAGUAGGAUAUGGUCUCACAUAUAAACCCUAAUUUUACCAUACUCUAUGGAAUUAGGUUAUGAAAGAGGAAGGAGGCACCAGAUACACUUUUUUGUCUGAGCUUUCAAGCCCGUGUACGAGUCCUUCGUUAGAGAUAUAACAGCAAUCAAAUUAUAGGUGUAGCAGCCCCACCUAUAAUUUGGGACAAUGAAUCUACCCAAAUCGCACGUUUUUCCAAGACGGUUUGAUCACUUUACUCUGAUCAGCCUCCCAAUUCAUUUUUAAUCGGACGAAAUCAUGGUCUCUUUCAACGUGACUUCAUCAUUCACAUUCAACUCACCGACUUUGGCGCAGGAAAGUGGAGGAGGCACACGAUGAAAUUGAGCUCGCUCAAAGUUAAGAAUAUCGUGAGGCUGUUUGUACUCUCCAGAAAGCUUACCCCACCUUUGUUGAAGAGACCUAUGACCAGAUCAAGGCGACUCCAAUGGACCCUUCAAUCUCCGGUUUAUUGAAAGAACCGGUCCUACAAGUGGUAGAACUGCCUUCAUGCAGCAGAAGGCAAUGCUUUGGCGCUGUUACGUCGACAAAACAUUUGUUGGGGAUUUCUGAGGAAAUUAAAACCCUACAAGAAGCAAGACAAGCUGAGAAUUGAUUGAAGCCCGGGUCUCGAAUGAGAACUCAAUCAGUCGACUUAUCAAUUUGGCGUCGGCAUUCGGGACCCUCCCUGCAGAGACACUUUUACACCUGUGUUACUGAUUGUUGACCGACAUACAUCCCUGUAACUGUCACCUGUUCUGUUUCUGCUUCAUCUCCGACGGUGGAUCCCUACACGAGUUUGAAAGCUCCGACUAAUAAACAAAUGGUUCCGGCGUUGUACCAGUCUUGUUUUCUCAUGCAGACACCUGGGACUCAGACAUGUGUCUACUUUCGUGAGAUUAGAUGAAAAUGCACUGGGUAAGAUUUGAGUGCAUUUAGAUCACAAUAGAUUGUAAAAAGACAUAGUAGAGUCGACAGAGCUAGAAUUGGUUUAUGUAAAUCAACAUUGCCUGAUUUAAGUAGUUGUUUUUACUCGGCCAUAGGAAGACAAAACAGUCAGCACCCUUCUCACCAAUUGAUUUUUGAGUUGUUUAUUUUAGGGCGGAAGGGCACAUUGCGUCGGGUUCGUCAUUUUUCGGUUUAUGUCAUUCUCCGACAAAAACGGCUUUCAGUGUUGCUUGCACAAUUAGAAUCCAGUUCUUUACCUUGCACACAUGUGCCUUAUGUGGUUACUUUUAGAGGGCGCGUGUUCCAGCAUCUGCGCGACAACAGUAUUAGCAUAUUUGUUUCUGCUCUCAGAGUGACCCAUCAGUCUUCAGAUAUAAAAUUAUUUUUAUGGGCUUUAGUAUAUUGGCGUUUGAAAGAGAAAACAGGCAAAGUACAGGCGUUUUUGAAACUGGACCUUUCUGGGUUACUUGUCAAGUUUAAGUCCUGUGUUCCGAAAUGCGGUUCGAUAUGAUUUCCAUGGCGAUGCUUGUUAAAUAACGCGAUUUGGAAAAUAACUUAUUGGACCGAUCUGCGCCCGUCACUACAAACAAAAUCAUUAUAAGAAGUAGAUGGGUUAAGAAUUAAACCAGCACAUAUUCGUAGGUAGGGUUGACUUUCUUUUGCAAAAGUAAGAAGAAUGAGUUAGAUGCGUGGUUGCCGAAUUUCGAGUUGCUGCUGGCCAGACUAAGAGUACCAUGGCGACGUCCCGGCAGACAGCUGUUAGUCUGUAAAUGCAUUCAAAUGAAAUGCGAGUGAACAAAGCCAAAUCCCGUAAAUUUGUUGUACCGGCUGUUUUCAGCUGGUUCUAGGUCCUCCUGGCGAAUAAAACCCGUCGCUUCUCGAGGAUAUUUUCGCCGUCUCACUUAUAAUUGGGAUUACACAUCUCAAGAAACCCUCAAUGCCUUUUCUCCCGGUUUCUAGACCCUCAACGGCUAUAUGAGUUUGAACCCCAAACAGACUCCAGCUGCGUUACCCAAAACAACUUAGUCGUCGCUCAUGUCCCUUUGCUCUACCACAUCUGUUGCUUGGUGCCAUUUUUGAGUCUUGGUGGCUUUGCGCAUAGUGACUUCCCGAAUGUGCUAUUUCUCUGUCGGCAGUACGCGCAUGCCGCCAUUGUCCUAGGAGCACUGAGCGUGGAAGUAGACAAUGGGUGGCACCCCUGCGCGCACACCACACCUUCCGGUGUCGCGUCUUGCAUGACAGGUUGGCGCUCAGACACUAAAAUUACGGUAGGUAGACUAACUCAUGAAAUGCCAACUGAAAUUCCGAAAUGCGUUUUCGUCUCGAAAAUAUGAUUUAAGUAGGGUUGUAGAACUAAUCAUCGUGCAGCGUAAUUCUAUAAUAAUUUAGCUAUCUCAGGAUGUCGGCUUUUGAACGGGCGUCUUUUCGACUGCAUGCAAAAACUAUACUCUGUAAAGGAGGACUACUUGAGUAGCGUGCAUUUUUAUCACUGAUUUUAAAUGCCCUCGAAAAUUCAAUUAUAUUUCAUGGGAAACAUACAUAAAGAUAUUCAUUCAUUUGCUCAUUCGGUAGAAAAUUACGUCUUCUUCCAAUUUUAUACUCGAAGGAAGGGUAUAGUUCGAUUUGAAAUUUUUUUUCCAAUUUCCGAAUAAUUUUGAACCUGGCCGGCCGUUACACUCGCACCCAGGAUUUCCUGACUACAGGCCGUAUAUUUUCCGCGUGCGGAAAACCAUACGUUUCUUCACUGUAUUAAGAGGGGACUAUAUGGGGUUCACAAAAUUUUGCUGUGGAUUUGAGCGAUAUUGUUAACUUUACAAGCCACAUUGGUAAGUGCAGACGACGUUUUAUGAACGGCCAUCCCACGGUGUUAUAAAAUCUCAUAAAGAAAAACUUUCCUGGAACUAAAUUAGACCCUUCCCUCGAGUAUAAAAUCGGAAGAAGACCUAAUUUUGUACUGAAUGAGCAAAAGAAUGAAUAUUUUUAUGCAUGUUUUCCAUGAAAUAUAAUUGAAUUUUCAACGGCGUCCAACACCAAUGAGAAGAGUGCAGGCUACUUAAGUUGUCAUUUUUCGCAGACUGUGUUUUUGUAUGCAGCCGGGAAGAUGUUUGUUCGAAAGCCGGCAUCCUGAGGUAACUGAAUCAUAGAAUUAUGUUGCACAAUGGUUAGUUUUGCAAUCCUGCUUAAUUAAUCUGUUCGAAGCGAAAAAGCAUUUCGGAAUUUCGGUUGACACUUCAUGAGUUAGCCCACCUACUGUAGAUGCUUUUGAGUGUCCAUCUCAGCCGUUGUUCACAACGUUAUUUCAUUUAUAGCCAUAGGACUUUGUGGCCCUAGGUAGAAUUAUGGCUGCCUGUCGAAAACAGGUAAGCCGGAAAUAGCUGUUACGUUCCCCCAGUGGAUAAUACCGUUGGAAAGUUAAUUAUGUAAAAAUUGCGAAAUAUAUCAAGUGCCUGACGUCUUACUAGUCAUCCGAACUAGCUUCCAAGAAUGAGAGACUGCGUGUAGAUUCAUUUGAUGCUAUGGUAUUUUAUAGUGAACCGGUGCCCUCGUUGACACCACGAAUGGACAUUUGAGUCUUUCCGACUUUCUGUGCACCCAUGGUUCACGGUAGCUCAGACCAUCUCGAGCGGGGUCUGUCUGCCCAUUGCUCGAUCAAUAAACUCCCUGAUCCCUAUCAUGGAUUACUUGUAACCGGCCUUUUACAUAUUGUAUACGUCUGACAAUUUCCCAUUUCUCCUUAUGCCUUCCAGUCUUUGCCAUGCUUGGAAUGCUUUCACCAGCUUCGCGGGGUGCGCUUCUUAGUGCGGGCAUCUUCACCUACGUGUUUUGCGGUGCCCUAGCCGGAUACUUUGCAGGACGCAUCUACAAAACGAUGCGCGGUUUCUUCUGGAAAUCCACAGCUCUCUUGGUUUGUUUCCUAAUCUUCCUUCACCUCACUGGUCCAAUUCUUUCACCUUUUCCCAGUCAUUGGCUAGUUUUCAUCGCUCCCCUCCGACAGUUCUGCCCAUUCGCCUGGUGUUUUCUAAAUUAUUCUUGAUCCCAGUAGCCCACUGUAGAUCGUACGUUUGUUCAGGUAAUAGAUUCGUUUACCGAGUUCAGUCACCGGACAUUUGAACUAGUCGCACUGGGGGUAAUAAUUCUCUCCUUUUUCGAUCUAACGUUCCGAAUCUCAAAUAUUAUUGACAUUUGUCGACGCUGACUGUGUUGUCUGUUUGAGCACGUGUGCUUGCAGCUUGAGAGCCGACGGCGACCACUACUGACCCGGGGGGGGGGACAUUGAUGACGUGCGUGGAUUGAAGUAUGGCGAGAGGGGAAGGAAGAUUUGCGCAAUAACGACCUCAUAGUGUUCUAUCGAUGUGCUUGUGUAAAAACAACCGGGGAUGAGUUUGUACGUUUGAACUGACCAAGUAGUCGUCCGGUUUUGUAUUCCAUGCGUGCUGCCAUCUCAUUGAGCACCUUCCAGACGACAACUGAAGUUUACUCUUGUUAGGUCUUCAUUGUUCUUUGAGUCAGCAGCUGAUUUUAUGAAUGAUUACGUUGGACCCAAAUAUGACCAAACAAAUGUCGCGCGGGGGUUUUGUGCCGGUCAGCCACUGCUCCCCGUUUCAUGUACAGUCGGUUCAACUUGGACUUUUCACUGGUACGUGGUGACAGCCGUAUCCUGCUUUGACAUGCGAUUCUGCACUUACUUUUCCGGCAGUGGCCUAUUACCUCCCACUCAGGAUUAAGGGUCUGGUCGUAGUGGCACCCUACUUUGGCACCUGUGACACUUUUCGUGCGUAAGAAUUCCAAGCCUGAGUGUGGCACACGGUAGACGGCGGCUUCGUGUCAGGUCAGCCUCUACGCCUAAACUCAUAUCUGGUGCCAUAAACCUUUCCAUUAUAUAUAACGCUGCGCAUGAGAAGAGUGAGGUAGACGCGGUGAAAGUGUGGUCCAACUCACGUGUAGGUCACUAGUGCUCCCCACCUCAAGGGUGUCCACACUGUUGCCAUCAAAGAACAAACUAUCGUAUGGAUGGCAGCGCUCUUGUACCUAUGCAGAGACUUACCUGCUGUGCAUUUAGAUCAGUGGAAUGUGUUUUUCACCGUGGUUCACUCCGGUACAUGCCUUGCUUGUGCAAGUAUUUUCGACAGUUCGACCUUACUGGCACUUUUCCAAACUGGCUGAGAGAAUACUUAGAGUUCAGACUCGUCGCCGUGGUGUUUAAUUAAAACUGAAGUCGCGCUGGCUAAUGGAGCGCGUUAAUGAGGCUGCACUGGGUCCGCAUGCAUCCUCACUUAAACCAUGCAUGUAUGUGACGCGUUAGACGGCGGCCCACGUCGGCCGCUGUCAUCUAUUUGAAUGUGUUGUUAUUUAUUUGGACUACGUUUAGCCAUCUCAGUACCACAGUUAUGGCCGAGAUCCACUUAAAACACCGGGAGUUAAUGUUGAUUAUUCUCAUAGAAGGUCGUUCAGGCUAAAAAAUUGAAACAUAAGUUACGCCACUCAAAUAGCUAGACAGUUCGAUUCAGCUGACAGCUUUUGUGUAUCGGGUUGCCGUCUCUCACUGACAGAUUACGGUUCACGUAGUUUUCUAUACUCUUAGGACUGAGUAAAGUAACUCAGGGUCUUGCGUAAGUACUGUUCUGCGUGGCUCGUGGACGACUUUGCAGGUUUAUAAUUAAAUUAGCCCGACUACUGUUCCAACGCGCCUUUCAACUUUCCUCUUUAGACUGGCUCACUCUACCCUGGUCUUCUUUUGAGUGGCGGCCUCAUCAUUAACUUCUUCCUGUGGGGCAAGGGCUCCUCUGCCGGCCUGCCAUUCACAACCAUUCUGAGCAUCCUCAGCCUCUGGCUCCUCGUCUCCCUGCCACUCGUCUUCUGUGGGUUCUUCUUUGGCUUCCGCAAACGACCCUAUGAACAGCCCGUGCGCACCAAUCAGAUUCCGCGGGCUAUCCCCGAACGCAAGUUACACCAGAGCCUCAUUGUUACGUGAGUGUUCACGUUUCGUGCUACUUUGGCGGUGCCUUCACCGAUUCUGCUUAAUCGUGUAUAUUAUUGGCAGCAAAGGAGUUCACUGGUGAGGGUCUUGUCCUUGUCAACAUUGUGUGCCCGCCUUGGCCUAUCGGGCCUUUCGAUGUAGUUGAAGUUGAGAUCCUUUCAAAUCUUGCUCGGGGCAGCCUGAUGUUUCGCCCAAGCUACUGGUUGCUUUCUACAUCAUUGACUAUCUGAUCGUACCACCACUGUCGCCACGCUAAUAUCCCAUACCUCUUACCCUUCAUUCUUCUUCAUCUUCUGCAGUUGCUGCUCCUUAUCCACCCCCUCCCACCCAUAAUCCGACGUCUCCGUCUUGAUUCCAGGCAGCGCUGAAAACAACAUUUAUGAUCCAAGCCAAGACUGCCAUGUUUAGAGUUGACCCUCGACAUUCACGAAGUGGUUAGUAAAAUACCCUAAUUGGACUAAGAAGAGAUAGAAAAUGAUGUUUAUUCGUGUAACAGCGAAAGACUAUGAGGCGAUAAUGAUAAUCAGAUGAAAGACGCCAACGCGAAUCACAACUGAAAAUUUCCGAAUUCACUGACAAUCCUGGAUUUCCAUAGAACGUGUGGUUUCCAAAUCCAUAUCGGUCUUUAAGCGAGUGCUCGGCCCGCAAGAUAUAUAUAACAAGAAAACCACAUACAGUGACGGUUCCUAAUUGCCUUGCCUCCGUGUCGUCACCAGACUCCGCAUCAUUUGAUAGGGUAGUUUUUUUUACCAGACCUCACACCUUCCCGUCAUAGUUGCACUGCUGCUGAUGAACCGCGACAAGUUACUAAUCAGCCCCAAGUGCCGCUCCUCCAUCAUCCACCUUGUGACCGCCUUGAUAGCCGAAAGCUAGGACAACGGACCGGCCCAACUUGCCAUCCCGACGAGCUCGACUGUGCUCGAGACUGCUGCUAAUCAACUCUAGUAGACAACCUUCGUUCAUUAUUCAGCUCACCUGCAUUAGGUUGACUGGAUCAGUCAUAAAUGUCGUCUCAAACACAACAGGUGCCGGGGAGCUAACUUAAGGGUUUUCUCUAAUUGUUGAUCGAUAUAAAUUCGUGCAAUGCUGUAGGGGAGGAAGAUGAUAUCGCUUAUUGCACAGCGAAUUCGGCUCCAUCCUCUUCGUACUGUUGCUCAAGUUUUCUUUUCCUGCUUAAUGCUUGUCAGCAUCUAACUGACUGAAAUUUUAUUACUCCAGUCUGUCUUCAUGAAAGUGACCUCACCGUGUCUUGAAAUCCCAGUGCAUGUGAACAUGGGGCAUGGGACCAAUAUACCGGCAUACCAGUUUACAUAAUAUACUGCAUAACAGAUGGACAUAUCAGAAGGAAGGCAGAUUCAGACAGUCGUUCUGUGGCCGUCAAUACCCUCGAACCUUCAGUAUGAAUGCUUCACUUUUGUCUUCCGUUAUCACCGACCUUUGACCCUACCUUCGUGGCCAAGGUAUUGGAUGUGCCUUCAGCGCCAUGAUCGUCAGGCCAGGUCCCGAAGUUACCAGAAUAAGGGGUUAAUUCUAUACGGAACCCUGAGUUUUUGCCUCAGGAACCAUUUGCCGCUAGCCUGUGCUGCCAAUGUUGUGGGUUUGCAACUCAGAUGACAGAGCAUUUGACUCGAAACCUUUCGAUAGUUAGCUGACACGUGUUCAAAGCCCAGGUAUCCGGCUUGAGGUUCGGUUGGGGGGCUGAUGAUGGCAAAUCUAAAAAUUGACUCUCCAUCGUCCCUUGUUUUGUCCAUAGCAUUUCUCAAGAGGUAGUGUGCGCCAGAACUCAGGUAGAAUUCACCGAACUCAGCCAAUGUGCUUUGAACUAGGAAAUCCUACUCAAAAAGGUCUGCAAUACUGACCAGCAUUGGAUGGAUUUCCGCGGCUAUUUACAUACAAGAGAAUGCAGUAAACUGAACAUUCUGCUGGUUGUUCACCGCCACGCACGGUUUUCGUCCUUUUGCAAAUGCUUUUUGGUACCCUCCUUUCUGCCAACUCCGUGUAAUAUCAUAAUAAUCGUACUUAUUUCCGUUUCCCAACAGGACGGCACUCUGUGGUAUUUUGCCUUUUGGCAGCGUCUUCAUCGAACUCUUCUUCAUCUUCAAUGUAAGUUCCCGGCCACUGUUCCCUUUUUCAUGCCCCUGAAUUUGUCAACAUACUAUUACUGUAUUCAUCCAGACCCAUUACUUAGUCGCAUUUCCGACCCCGAUGGUUUUGCUUAAUUCUGAGCUGUCAAUCAGACAACACCUGCCCAGCGUGUGGUGCUGGACUUGUUACCUUGCCAGCUCCUCGUAGCUGGUGCCUUAGGAGGGCCAAGGGCCUGCGAUUUUUCCUCCUUGAGGAUGGCAACUUGAGACUCGAACCAGAGCCACGACGAUCCAGGCUGCCACUUUUGAUUUAAACUGAAACAAGCAAAUUAGGCUAAUAAAGCGGGUCAGGUAGUGCAUUGCUUCUAGACUUUAACUGAUCUAGUCGGGAAGCACUACUAAAAAGAAGGGAGCGAUUAAAAGUGGACACUUCUGCCUCAGCAUCACCGCUCAGCCACAAUCCAAUUCUAGAUAGAGGAGACGGGGGGGGGAGGGAUGCUGAACCCUGACCAAUUUGUUCAUUCAACUGCAUGCGCGACCACUUGAAUUACUGGCAUACAUUCCAUCGACUGCGACCGGAUGUAGUCAAACUCACGAGGAUGGCGCUCACGCAUCUAGCUUGAUUAUAGGCUGGAACAUGGACUUCCAUUUUGAGGAAAUGAAAGGGAGUACGCAUGCACUCUAGGAAACACGGGCAGCUGGUAAAAUUCUGAAGUGAACACCUACUGCUCUAAAAUACUGCGCAUAUUUCAAGGCUGGUGAAGUAACUGUGCAUAUGAUCGGGCUGAGAAAACAGAUAGUAAACAGAAGUUUUUACGACAAUUUUGUUCGUUGUAAGGAUGACCAGGUUCGGAAAAAUCCGGGCAACCUAGGUCUUUGGAGCGUCUCACUUAUUUUGUUCAAGAGCAUAGCACUCCGGAAUCGAAUCCACCCUGCGAAACCGCUUUUUAGCUUCUUCACAAACUGUUGGUCACAAAGCUUCUUGUGGCUCUCUCAAUCCCAUUUGAAUACUAACACAAGAAAAAGUGCACGAAAUACAUCUCACCUCCAACUUGCUAUGCCAUGCUAGUCAGGCUCGCGGACUGACUGGAGAUCUUUGAGUAAGCUUGUCUGAGACCUCCAAAAUGGCGUGUCUUGUGUCAGUAUGUAAAAGCGUGACAUAGGUGUAGUUCAGUAACAACUGAAACCCCAAAAACGGGUUGCCCGAGGGGCUCCUGGCACAGUGAUGAGGCCCCGACCAUUUGAUUGGAUCGGGACACAGCCUUUGUCCAUGAACUCUCCCCAGUAUCGCUGCCGGCAUUUGCAUUUAUGUCCAGUUUCCAGAUCUAUAUGACCCUCAUCCAUCCAGACUCACUCCCGACCUGCGGUGCAUUUUGUGGACACUUAACUCUCCACGUCUGUCAGCCUACGAUCGAAAAUAGAAGUGUCAGUCACCUAGCUCUCUGCCUCUUCAUUUCAUUUCCAGGCAAUUUGGAAUAAGCAGUUCUACUAUCUCUUCGGCUUCCUCUUCAUCGUCUUCCUCAUCCUCAUAGUCAGCUGCGCUCAAGUUGCAAUCGUUGCUACCUACUUCCAGCUGUGCAGCGAGGUAAGUGAGGUUGAGUUUUGCUGAGACUCUCCUUAAUAUCGCUCGAUUCCCAGUCUGCUACAGCGUACACGGUAAUUGAUUCUCGUGACGCUUUUUGUUUGCUCUUGCACAAGGUAGGUCGUCCUGAAUUUUCUAUUCAAACUGAUGAGACUAUUAUCUACCCAAACAGCAUGUGACUUGUUCAGUCAACCAGAAAAACAAAAUUGCAAGUGGAAACCUUUUAGCCUCUCGGGGCAUUUUAUUUCCCCGGUACUCCUUUUCAACUCAACUGUUUCACUUGUGAGUCCCAAUCUAUUGUUUGGCGGAUAUUGUUAAGAACGCUCGAUGUUGGGUUCUCUCUGCUGUUGAAACGACUGCAAAAGAAGAGGACAUGCUAGCUGCGGAAACUUGCUCCACAGAGCUCGAACUACCCUCCUAUCCUCUGCCUAUUGAGAUGUGUUUUCUUAAUUUUUUGCACCGCAUAGCGCACGAAAUGGUUGCGCAUUCGGCGAUGAAUUUUCCGUGGAUUCAGCGGUCUUGUCCACUUUCAGCCUCCGUAAAACGGUGGAGUAGAACGUGGGGCAAGAAAUCCUGAUUACCGCGUUUUUUAAACAGAACUCCGCAUUCCAUAAUAUGCGAACUUUUGUGUCACAGUCGGCAGGGUGUGACGAUCUUAUUCAUCCCGCGUAGUUGCAGCCCUGACUGAGCCCGGUAGCAUCGAUGUUAAAGUUCAGCAGACAAUUUGAUUGCUGCUGCUGUUGCUGGAGUGAUGCCGUCACCGGGAGCCACGCAUGAAAUUAAGGCAUUCGUUAUGAGCGAUUCUGCCGACCUCGUAUUAUUAGAUUAGCGUCGUCAUUAUUGAUUGUCUUCCAUUGCAGUCAGCUAGUGGCAGGCGGCACGCCAGCCCCGCAGACCGAAGCCCUCGAGGUCGGCUCUCAGCGCCUCUUUAGUUAGCCGUCUCGCUGCCUCCGCCAACCAGGAUCAGACUCGGUCAAGAUGAUAUCCCUGAUAAACUCAUUCAACUCGACGGGGCCGAUGGCUGGGUCAUCCUUGUUGGCGUUUAACGCGCACGCACACCACUACGCGGUGUUCCUGACUGCUCAUAUAAUUCCUCGUCGCAUAUGCGGUUGGAGAGACACGUCAGCCAAAUAGAGCACUAGAACGAGCUAUCGAUUGCUUCUAAGUGGUGGAUAUUUUCUGAACGCGUGGACUAGAACUCAGUCCCAUAUAGAAGGAUUACUCUGACGCCAGACUUGUAUGCUCGUAGCUCGGUUUUCUGAUCGAUCCCACGUCAUUUACAGCGGUUGCUACGGGCUCCAGUUAAGCUCAUGUGUGCUUGGUUGAUUUGAUAGUUGUCUUUGUCUUUCUAUUGCGCGUUAGACUGAAAGACCGACCAAAGUAGCAGAAACUAGCCGCUGACCGGGAGCUUCACUUUCUCCCAUUACUUGGCAUUUACAUCCGGUCGGGAGACCUGCGGCGACCAUCUUUGUCUUUUGGGGUUGCUUUUUAGGCCAACUUUGACGUUGCAGUACGCUGGAUGAGUAAUUUGAUCUGAAUGUGAUUAAACUCAUGGCCGCCUGGGGGUCCUCGCAACCCAUGUGUUUAGGGCAUUGGCUUUACUCAAGCCUUGCCCUUGCUGUCAUGGAUUCCAGUCCCACCGAGGCCGCCGAGGUCUUCACAAUUGGGUCAAAUGAAUCAUUGAAACCUGCCAAAAACACUUAUUAGGCUGUGUUGGCAGCCAUCUGGAGGAUUAAACUUUGCAUUUGGAUAGUGUCGCAACGUUAUCAGUCUAGUCCGGUCACUUGGAACACCGGUUGGAGGGGUCCGUCUGAAGAACACAUGCACAGAUAAGCAGAUUCCGUGUGAGAACACACCAGAGGCGACAUUGAAUAAAUUACCCUCCACGGGCUCUAGUCCUUGUUUUGCAGUAGUUGAUUCCAAUAAGUCGAAGUAGCACCUAUAGCCUGCAAAAUGCAGCCUGCUCGACAACAGGACAUCACGACAGACAGUGAAACACAUAAGAAAACUCCACGCGAGAAACAAAAAAUGACUGUGACUAACGGUGGCGUUCUGUGAGGGUACCACGCGGCCAGCAGUGCUGGUAAGCAGAUCGUGCACUGACCGAAAAUCGCGAUGCAAACGGAACCGAUGGAGGUGGGUAACUGCGAAGACUUUUGCUCCACUGCCAAACAGACUUGUGUCAGGAUAGUUCUUGGGCGAUGAUCUGUUCCUGCCUUUCAAAGUUUGCUACAAUGACGGUUUCCGCGCCGUGAUGUAGCGUUUAGCGUAAAUUUGCCUCCUAGUCUUUGAAGUGCAUCAAGGAUUCUUAGUUAGAGUAGUAAUCUUCUUUCCGUCACGAGUGCAGCGCGUCCGCUAUUUCUAAUAAUAGCUGGGACCUGUAGGAACGAAGAGGCGUGUUAGAAGUCAGGUGUGAACAAAAUGUAGGAAAAGAAGAAACCAUUUUAUAUUUGGUGUGUCAGUUUUCCACCUGAAAAUUGCCUGACUAACGGCAGAUACCUGUUCCGAUCGAGAGUGAGCGGGCUGCUCCCUACAGUUCAUUCCGAUGGCCGCCGCCGCCGUCCCGGCCUCGAAGAUUAUUGCGUCGACCCGUCGAUCUGCAUGUCAAAGUAGAGAUGACAGCCUUAGAAAUCACAACAGUUAGCCUGUUUUUCCCCCAAGUUACUGUUCGACGGUGUAAUAAUGGAUGUAUGGUUCGAUUAGUUCGCUUUAAAAGCAAGACCUACCUAGUACAAAUAGAUAUGUAAGUGUCUUGUUUGCGGCAAUAAGCCCAAGGGGACACCAUACGCUUGCUGUUUUUAACUUUAUUGCCUUCCAGCAGAAAACGUCAGUGGCAUUGUCUACAAUUCCCAUCUUGCCUUUAUCUAAUGUCGCUCGGAGAGUUUUUACCGGUAAAUCGGCCAAAGAAGGCGUUUCUUUGCUACCUAAUUUCCAUGGGAGUGGUACGCCUGAUCAAUUCUGAUUUCCGGACAUAUAUGGAAUCUCUGUUUUCCUUGGACCUCCGAGUCACGGUCCCUGCUGAUGGCAGUAAACAGGCAGUGUUAGUUUGGGUGUUGGUCUCCCUUGUGUGCAAACGAAUUCAAUACCCUCGUUAUGAAACUACUGUUACCGCUAAGCUGCCGCAUCCUUAAGCUGCUCUUAAUCUAUGCUGUCAUUGUCGGGAGUGUACAGUUUGGUGUAGGUCCGAGUAAGUCCGUGCGCUUCUCAGCAUUUCAGUCAGACCUUUAUGAAGUUGUUUUUCACAGUCUUUUCAGAUCCUUUUUAUAAAAUCGACGUGCGCUCGCUCAUUAUUUCCCCCACUUAAAGCGUUGUUGUGGGGGGCCUUCAUCGUAAGUCUUAAUAGUACGGAUUCCGAACUCGCUGGAGGUCAUUUAAAUCGAAAAAGUGACUCUUUAUAAUGCACUUUUUCUGGCAGUCAUUUCGUUCCUAGAGGAACAUAAACACAAUAGCAUAGUGGGUGGGCUUCUGGUCCCGAUUUUCUAUGAUCAGCAAUUGGCUCAGGAAGCUGUUGGUGUUCACCUUAGGCGCUGAAUAGAUUCAGCCAACUGUCUUUCGUAAACAACCCUGUUUUUACUGUUUUCCCCAUUAGGACUACCACUGGUGGUGGCGUGCAUUCAUUUCCUCUGGCGGAGCAGCUCUUUACGUCUUCUUGUACUCGAUAUACUACUUUGUAACAAAGGUACGUCAUGCCAUUUAUUAAGGUGUACGAAGUUAGUUUUUGCACUGUUCGCCUUGUUUAAAUUUCACUGAAACCGCAAUACGCCACUUUUUGCUCGAGCGGUUUGAGAAUUUUGCAGGUUACUGCCACUUGUGUCAUUUUCCUCUUCUUUACCCGCCCAAUUCUGUGUACUACCUUUCUGGAGUCCAGCGACUAUUCGCAUGUUACAGUUGAAAAGUCAAUUUGGCAAACAUGUGCUUUCGGUAACUCUUCAUCAGGCCAAAACGGUUACAUAGAAGUUUAAAUUAUGCGGAGUUACAGGGCUUUUAAGGGAUUCAGGGACUAUUAACACCCAUCGUUCCCACCCCAAUCAUUCUGGAGCUAUUGCGUCAGUGUUACACUUACUGGCCCAUUUAAAACGUUUUUGUACCAAUAUAUUGGCGAAUAAUCUGCGCCAUUUUAAGCCAUCAGUAAGCUCAUUAAGUCUAUUUUUUAAGAUAAGAUGCAAGGACUUUGGAGUCCCUCUGUUACACAUGCCCGGUGGGUAAUAUGGUAGCUACUCGUAUGUCGACCAAUACAAUAUCGUUAUAUACGUACUAUUACAAAAUUUGACGCCAUCUCCUAUUCGACUCACGGUUUGUCAUGGUUAUCUUACUUUGCGGAGUUUCGGGGCGCAGUCUUCGACCUACUCAUCAGCCAUCAAGAAGUUUUUUUGCGUAUAGGACGCAGGAGUCAUUCCAGAGUUUGUGCUGUGCCGAAUUUUUGGCAUUUUAUCAGCUCGUUGAUCCCUUGUCCAGGCCAACGAUGCAUUCUUUGCGAAGGAGACUAGACCUACAUGACAAGAACUUUAUUUGCCUGACUUUGCUUAUUCUCGCUCUAACCCAUUAUCAGAAAGACUGCAAGAGAUUAAAGUCAUCUGUUUUAAGCAAACCGGAUUUUUCUGACACGCAUCAAGGCGACUCAGUUGGCAGACAAGACAUAAACAGUGGCGUGCGUCCGUUCAUGAUAGAAUUCGGCUCUCGGUUACACGCGACCACUUGUUCGGUCGUGAAACCGUCCGUGGUGUUACACCGAAGAGCGAGGAGUAUUUGCCGGAGGGAGGCCUAACCAGAAGAACCCUCCAAACCUAAAUCUGUUUUGACUCAGCAUUGCUUCUUGUUCAGUCUCGGGAUCUUGUGUUUCUUGAGCUAUGUAGGCUUUUUUCUCACAAAUAUGUGUUUUUUUUCUCUAGCUGGAGAUAACCAGUUUCGUUUCGUCCAUAAUAUACUUCUCCUACUGCCUCAUGAUGUCUGUCUCCUUCUGGAUACUGACGGGAACUAUCGGCUUCUUCGCUGCUCUCACUUUCCUCCGCAAGAUUUAUGCAGCCAUCAAGAUUGAUUGA